UCCCUUCCUUCAUUUUAUAUUUACUCUCUCUUCCUCGAUUUGAUCUCAAUCCUUACCACAGAUCUGAUAUGGCCUCCACCGGCGAGAAACCGCUCAUCGUCAGCUUCGGCGAGAUGCUCAUCGACUUCGUCCCCACCGCGUCCGGCGUCUCCCUCGCCGAAGCCCCCGGCUUCCUCAAAGCACCCGGAGGCGCUCCCGCCAACGUCGCCAUCGCCGUCUCCCGCCUCGGCGGACGAUCCGCCUUCGUCGGGAAACUCGGCGACGACGAGUUCGGCCACAUGCUGGCCGGGAUCCUGAGGAAAAACGGCGUCGAGGAUCGGGGCAUCAACUUCGACACGGGAGCGAGGACGGCGUUGGCAUUCGUGACGCUGAAGGCCGACGGAGAUCGGGAGUUUAUGUUUUACCGGAACCCUAGCGCCGAUAUGCUUCUCCGUCCCGAUGAGCUCGACCUCGAGCUCAUCAGAUCCGCUAAAGUUUUUCACUAUGGAUCAAUAAGCUUAAUAGUGGAGCCAUGUAGGUCGGCUCACUUGAAGGCAAUGGAGGUAGCGAAAGAAGCCGGAGCUCUUCUUUCUUACGACCCAAACCUCAGGGAGCCUCUGUGGCCAUCAAAGGAAGAAGCCAAGACACAGAUCAUGAGCAUCUGGGACAAGGCUGAGAUCAUCAAGGUAAGCGACGUCGAGCUUGAGUUUCUAACUGGAAGCAACAAGAUCGAUGAUGAGACCGCAAUGUCCUUGUGGCAUCCCAACUUGAAGCUCUUGCUUGUCACUCUCGGUGAAAAGGGUUGCCGGUAUUACGCCAAGAACUUCCGUGGAUCCGUUGACCCUUUCCACGUGAACGCCGUCGAUACAACGGGAGCUGGAGAUUCCUUUGUUGGUGCCCUCCUAAACAAGAUUGCCGAAGAUCAUUCCAUUCUCGAGGACGAAGAGAGAUUGAGAAAGGUGCUAAGGUUCGCAAACGCUUGUGGAGCAAUCACCACAACCAAAAAAGGAGCCAUUCCAGCUCUUCCUUCAGAAGCUGAAGUUCUCAGCUUUCUUGAAAAGAAAUAAGAAAAAACAAAACAAGCAAAGCUUUUUCUGCACGUAAUCUGUUUCCGCUUUUGUAUUCUUGUUUAAUCAAGUUGGGCACUCUGCUCUGUUUUUGUUUUCCCUCUUCUUCUAAUGUAACGAUUUAAAAGGACGUAUGUUUCAAAUUCAAGGCAUCAGUUGCCAAUAAAAAAGAGAAGUUUUUUCUUUUUCCAA